UGCCGCUGUCGGUGGUCAGCACCGGCCGCGGGAAACAGCAUACACGCCGACGCGGCCGGUCGCCGUUGCAAACCUGACCCCGGCAUCGCCAGCCUGACCUGCUGCCCGCACCCAAAAAUAUCCCCGACAUGAUCACACGCAUCCCCACCUCGACGACCACGUAUUACACGCUAUUCCCCCACCGAGCCCGCCGCGGCAAGCAACGCUAGCUAGCUUUGCACACUGCACGUACGUGGCUGGCAUGGAGCUCAGCGAGCACGAGGAGGACGCCGGCGACGUGGGCGGUGGCUGCUCAUCCCCGCCCACGCCGCCUCACCGCGUGCUGACGUCGGCCGCCCCCGAGACGAUCAGGUGCCGGUACCACGAGUGCCUCCGGAACCACGCGGCGGCCUCGGGCGGCCACGUCGUGGAUGGCUGCGGCGAGUUCAUGCCGGCGUCCACCGAGGAGCCGCUCGCCUGCGCGGCCUGCGGCUGCCACCGCAGCUUCCACCGCCGGGACCCUUCCCCGGGCCGCGCGGGCGCAGCACGGCUGCCGCAGCUGCACCUGCCGGCGUCCAUCAACUCGCGCGCACCACCCGCGCUGCUGCUGCCGCCUGCAGCGGCCGCCAGCAAGCAAGGUUUGCCGUUCCCUGGCUACGGCACGCCCAGCGGCGGCACUGGCACCACGACCGCGUCCUCCAGCGACGAGCGGCUGCGGCCCUCGCCGGUGCAGCCACGGAGGCGGUCACGCACGACGUUCACGCGGGAGCAGAAGGAGCAGAUGCUGGCGUUCGCGGAGCGCGUGGGGUGGAGGAUCCAGCGGCAGGAGGAGGCGACGGUGGAGCACUUCUGCGCGCAGGUCGGCGUCCGGAGGCAAGCGCUCAAGGUGUGGAUGCACAACAACAAGCAUAGCUUCAAGCAGAAACAGCAGCAGGAGAACAGGCAGGAACAGCAGCAGUAGGCAGGAUGCCAUGUAUGGGAGGAGACAAAGGUUCGAUCGAAAUGAGCGGGGAAGGGUGGGUCAGGGAGGAAGAGAUAUGAAGGAAAUGGUCUGAUAGUAACCGGAGGUGCUGAACAAUCUAUCUAUAGUUGGCAUUUGCAAUUUGUGCACUGGUGGGCGGCUGGGAUUUACGUGCAUGGCCGGACAUCACAUGGCCCCAGAAAAUCUGAACCUGGGAGAACAAAGUUGGAUCCAAUACCAGGAUUGAUCUGAACGCAUUUGGUGUAAAGAUUGCAUAUAACUACCAUUGUCCACUAUUGCAAUUCACAACAAUGACGACCAGAAAAGUAUGUGUUUACAAGUUACCGUCUCAUAGACGAAGAGAUGGCAUAAAGAGUUCGGAAGGAGGAUACUCAUGCAGGAAAUUAGCAUCAGCGAGAUGAUGUUAUGAUUAUGAUAACCAAUCCUCAACUUCUUGUUGUCAGGUCUACUUCUUAUUAACACGGGGCUUUCCUUUGACCUCAGAUUCCUACACACGAAAAUAAUGACAAAACAAGAACCUAUCAGAGAAGAAUAACCAGACCAAGCAUAUAUGUCUUCAUCCAAGAAAAAACAACAAAGAGGAUGGUAUUAGCACAUCGAAACUCAAGCAAAUUUACAGUCUGUUUGAAAGUAAAGUGUAACUUGUCAGAUAAAAAUACAAUUAGUUAUUGCCCCAGGUCUUUUUUAUGUCUAUGUAACCACUUCAAAUUGAUCAAACAAACUAAAAAUGUUAUACAUCA